UACUACUUUAUCAAAAAUGGAAGACAGUGAUAAGUUUUCCCAAAAGAAGUUGAAAUUGUUUUCUGUGGUGGAUUUUCUAGUUUCAUAAUGUGCACAAAUAGGCAUUCUCAAUAGGACUCUAGUCAUCAACACUUGAAUGCUCUAAUAUUGUUCAUCGGUGAAGACGUAUUACACGGGCAUUGUGUUUUGUUAUUGUUUUGCAGAGACGGAAGUGGAACUUAGAAUUCCUAAAUUCCUUUCAAUUUAGAGAUUAACGAAAUUUGCAAAAUGAAAAGUGCGUUUAGAUAUCACUUCUUUGGUUAUUGGAGCUGAUAGCUGUGACAGGGGGCGACUAAACAAGAUGGGGGAUGAGCAAGUACUAGUUGUAGCAAAAUAUGACUACAAAGCAGAAAAUGCACAAGAGCUGGACAUCAAGAAACAUGAAAAACUUGUUCUUCUGGAUGACUCAAGAGACUGGUGGAAGGUUCAGAACACAAGAAACAAGGCUGGAUUUGUUCCAUCAAAUUAUGUCAAGAGGUCCAAUUCAAAGGCAUCUAAACUCUUCAGUCGUGUGAAGAAGAAUUUGGCCAGAAGGAACAAAAGUGAUACAAAGAUAACUGGAACCAGUCCAAUUGUGAGUCGUAAUGGAGACACAGGAAGUGACGAAAAUAGCAUUAGUAGUGACAUCCAAGCUGUCGACCCGCAACCAGCAAUUGUGAAAUAUAACUACUCACCAAAACGGCCAGAUGAGAUGGAGCUAUUUAAAGGAGAGCGAGUGAUGGUUUUAGAGAAAUCCAUAGAUGGAUGGUGGAAAGGUAGAAAGUCGGAUAAUAUUACAUCUGGUUGGUUUCCCUCAAACUAUGUGGAUCUGGAACCAUCGGAACAAAAUGACUGUACCAUGUACUCCACCGCUGCCUCUCUGGAAGACGACUCUGUAGCAGAUUACUCUACAAAUCACCAUCAAAAUGUCAUAGCUUUGUACGCUUUCCACGCCGAAAAUGCAGAGGAACUCAGUUUUGAAAAGGGGGAGCGGCUAGUGAUUCUCAGCAAACCUCCGGAUGACCCGGAGUGGUGGAAAGCUGUGAACAGUCAGGGAGAGAUGGGGUUAAUCCCCAGGAACUAUGUUCAGACAAUCGAAGUGGAGGAAAAACUGGACGUGGAGUGCGAGACCAAUGCCAGUUCCUGUACGCCUCAGUCUCAGUCCACCAGCAGUCUUUCUAACGCCUCAAAUCUCAGUGUGGUGGGGGUCACUAGUAGAAAACAGUUCCGGGUGUCCGGGCCCCUGGCUGAGAAAGAGUGGUAUUAUGGAAAAAUUACACGGCAGGAGUGUGAGGACAUGUUGAGGAAGUUCGCUGCUGAUGGGGAUUUUAUCAUUCGAGAUAGCGAGUCGGCAAGUGGCAAUUUUACAGUAGUGCUGAAGGCAGCGGAGAGAAACAAACAUUUCCGUGUACAGGUGAACGAAGAAGGAUUGUAUCAGAUAGGCCAACAGAAGUUCGCCAACCUGGAUGAUCUAAUCGAACAUUACAAGAAACACCCUAUAUUUAAGCAGGAGAGUGAGAAACUCUAUUUAGUGAAAGCUUUCAACCUGCCUGCUGAAUUUUGAUCCUUUUGGAGACAGUGCAUAGGCACCAGUGUAAUCAAUGGGUCAUGAUUUGGACAUUGUUUGAUAGGAGUGGCAUUAUUGGCCAAUCUCGGCAUACAAAUUUAGUUUGAAUACAAGAGAUGUCCUAGGAGGCUCACUGCAUAGUUUGACAUGAGAUUAAAUCUGUACUGUAUACUUGUAUUUAUGAUUGUCUUUAAGUUAUUCCUUUUAUCAUUUGCCACGGAAGUUCAGUUUUAAAUUUUCAUCUUUUUGUAAGCUAAUGUAAACAGAUAAUACAGAUUUUCUUUCAGAGAAACAUUAAAAGUAUCUGAUAAUUAGUUGAUUUUUAUGUAAAAUUGUUCGACAAAAGGAGAAACUGAAAUUCAUUUUGUGUAUGUUUUUUUUCUGAAUAACUGAUGAAGAGUGUAGUUUUUCCACUCUUUACCCAUUGGUUUGUAAGAUUGAUUGGUUGUUUUUUGGCCUUUAACACUCUAGGCUCAAAGUACUGAUAAUUUCAGUUGAAAUUGCUGAAACAAUAUAUAUGUACAAUGUACAUGUAUGUUUUUGAUUUAGAUAUCAGUAGACUUUUUCAUUCGUGUGUAUGGUACAUGUUAUAUGUAGGUGAAAAGCUUAUCACGAUUGACUGAAGAAGCUUGCACAUCUUUAAAUUAGAUGGGAAAUAAAUGAAAUCUAGGGUAGAAUCUUUGCUUUAGUAUUAAGCUUUGAAACUCAACAUCCUUUUUAAGUAUUUUGCCUCUGAAGUGUGUAUACCAAUUCUCUAUAAUGAUGGAGUUGGAUGUAGGUCAUAUGACUGUUCACACCUGAGGCAAUGGUUCAAAUGAUAAAAAUAGUUAUUCAUGAUUCAGCUGAACUGUAUUGAUUUACGUUCAUUGCCAUUCUAAAAAAAAAAAUAGAGCACUGUUUAAAAAAAUAUAUAAUAUUUGCAGAGAAAAGAUAUUGCAGAUCUGUAUGCUCUUCUAUUGUGAUCAGGAGAAACAAACUGAAUAAGAGUUAUCAUGGCAUACAUUAUAGGUCAUUAGAUAUAUCACACAACUUACUGAUAAAAAUGUGUAUGAAAUGUUAUUUAUUGAUUACUGAAUGAUGAGCACUUGUUUGCAAUGUUCAUAUAUAAGGAUUAUUAUCUCCCCUUAGUUGUAAAUGAUUUAUUCAGGGUUUCGAUAGUCCCCCUAUAUUAUAUACAUACAAUAAUAACUCUAGUCAAAUAUAGACUUCAAGUGGAUUUUAUCAUGUACACAAUUUUCGCCCCUACAUUAUGUAAUAUGUACAUAUUAACUAUUACUUUCUUUUUCUUUUAAUCUUUGUAGCAGGUUGGCCUCUAUAGUGCUGAUUGUAAGUUUGAGAGAUCAAAUCUUGCUCAAAGUGUAAGAAAGCUGGAUUUCCUAGCUUUUAAUAAUGACUGUGCUUUUGUGUACUUAAAGAUUUGUUUUAGUUCCUUUUUAAACCCUUUUUAAAGAUAACAUUGCAAGGAAAUAUUGGGUUUCUCUUUGCCCUGUGGUGUUGAGUGGACUUCAUCUAAUGAUAAAUCAAAGAUGUGUCAACUUAAUUGUCCUUAAGUGUUUGACAAUUUUAAUUUUGUUUACCAACUCAGUGAUACAAAACAUAUUAAUAAGAUGUAAUAGUAUUAUAUGUCCUUAAUAUGAAGAUAUUUAUCAUUAAACUUCUUUUUUUUCAAUACAUGUAAUCAGUAUCUACAUCAAACAUGAUUAAAUAGGCAAAAACAAAAAAGAGAAGACAAAGAUUAAGAUACAUCACUGUAACAGCUAGUAGAAAGUCUCACUGAAAUACACGAAUCUCACAAAGCUAUACAUGUAGCUUCGAAAAAGAGAAUCUGUUUUUAUUUGAUUGAACAAUUUAUGGCAUAUCAUAUUUGACACAAAUGGGGCAAUUAUUAUUUAAAGUUAAUUUGUACUGUUGGACGUUUUACUUCUUCAGAAUGAGAACACUGGUGCUUAUAAUUGUUCUGAAGCUUCACACUUCUGUGGCUGUGUAUUACAAUGUAUAAGAUUAUGUCCUUUUCCACUUCUAUUUUGUGCAGGUUAGAGGUUCAAUCCUAUCGGGUAUCUGUAAUAUUUUUCGUCGGAGUAAAGAUUCAGUAUUUAUAUGGACUUAUUAAUCUUGAUAUUCUGAGCAAACAAAAUUGGUUCUUUCUUUUACUAUUGUUUUAUUUAUGGGUUAGUAAGUAAAUCACAUUACAAAUGUAAUGAAAGAUUUGAAUGUUGGGGUUAGACGUAAAAAUAACUGGCAUUCUGGACUGUUCAGUAAAACUUGUAAGGUUGAGAGAUCUUGAAAAUGUGCUUUGGAGAAACGGGUCUGUUUUACUGUUUAAAGUGGCCAUGAUCUUGUUACAUGUGUUUUGGUGAAAAUGUGUGAUGUGUUUGGAUGGUUGUCACUUUCAAGAAAUAUAUACUGUACAUGUACUUACGUGGUAAAAAAUAUAGUGAAGUUUUAUGAAGUCAGUAGUAUGCUUAUUGUACAGACUUCAGAUUUUUUUUUUUAAAUUGAAAAAAGGAUAUGUGAUACUGUCAUCUUUUAGUAUUUUUUCCCCCUAUAAAUUAUAAGGUUGAUUUUAUAUACAAUACAUCCAUAUUAAGAGCACAUUUUCCUCUUUUAAGAUUGUCUUUUUUAUGGAGUAUGGAAACAGCUUUACAACAGAAGUUUAAAGACCUGAGUUGUUCAUUUCUUUUUGGUUUUAUUUUUGAAUGAAUAACACUUGUAUAGUUGUGGCUUAAUAAUUCAGUUGUAAAUGGGGGUUGUGCAUUUAUCUAUUAGAUUUUAACAAAGACAUUUUGUAUAACUGCAUGACAACUGAAUAAAUUAAGAUGUAAAACAAA